AGCCUGAGAAGUAAUAACCCCACUUUCUUUUUCCAUUGGACUGGCUGCUGCUUCCAAGAGAGCUCCGACUGAGGGCAGCAGCCGUUCAAAGGACGGCUGGGCAGCAACCAGGAAAGGGCUUGGGGGGGCAAGGAGGAAAGGGCUUCUUUCUCUGGCGAGGCCUCGGGCGAAAGUCGGGGAUCAGGAGACGCCUGCAGGCAGAGAGCCUAGAGAAGGAGCAAGGAAGGGAGCAAGGGGCUCCCAGCAAGAAGCCCAGAGCCGCCUCGGACAGGCAUCUCCCUCCGCCACUUACCAGCCUGGCACAUGCAUUGAAAACAAGAAGCUCGUGGUGUCUCUGUUCCUGAGGAAAGUUCCUGGACGGCUGCUUUCUUCAGCACCUGCUCUUCUGGUUUGCUCCCCCUUGCAGGAGGCAGGGAAGCGCUGAGGUGGCAGAGCAACAGGGGCGGCAGGAAUCACGAAAAGCAAUGACCUGAUAUAUUGCCACGUUGAACGGGUGCCGUGUGUUUUGAAGAUGUAGCUACUUGUUUCACAGAUGAGGAGUGAGCAUUGCUGGAUCCUGACCAGAGAGCUCUGCCUAAGGAAGUCAUGGAGGAGAAUCAAGGCAUCAUGGACUCUCUUGAAGGUGAUGAAUUGGAAAUAAAGAAGGGAGGCCACCACAAAAUCUGCACAGUGGAGAGGCCGUGUGGAGCGAACUUCAGCCAGAGCUCCCAUAUCACUUCCCAUCGAAUAAAUCCUACUGGGGAGAAGCCCUAUCAGUGCUUGGAAUGUGGAAAGAGCUUAAGUAGUAAAGCAAGGCUCUUUUCCCAUCAAAGAAUUCAUACAGGGGAGAAGCCCUAUCAGUGCCUGGAGUGUGGAAAGAGCUUUCGUGUGAGGACCCAUCUCAUGACCCAUCAAAGAAUUCAUACAGGGGAGGAACCAUACCAGUGCUUGGAAUGUGGAAAGAGCUUUAAAAUUAGCGGAAACCUCCGCGAACACCAGAAAGUUCACACUGGGGAAAAACCAUAUCAGUGCUUGGAAUGUGGAAAGAGCUUUCGUGUGAGGACCCAUCUCAUGACCCAUCAAAGAAUUCAUACAGGGGAGAAGCCCUAUCAGUGCUUAGAAUGUGGAAAGAGCUUAAGUAGUAAAGAAAGGCUCUUUUCCCAUCAAAGAAUUCAUACAGGGGAGAAGCCCUAUCAGUGCUUGGAGUGUGGAAAGAGCUUUCGUGAGAUUACCAAUCUCAUGACCCAUCAAAGAAUUCAUACAGGGGAGGAACCAUACCAGUGCUUGGAAUGUGGAAAGAGCUUUAAAAUUAGCGGAAACCUCCGUGAACACCAGAAAGUUCACACUGGGGAAAAACCAUAUCAGUGCUUGGAAUGUGGAAAGAGCUUCAGUAACAGCAGCUACUUCACUUCCCACCUAAGAAUUCAUACUGGGGAGAAACCACAUCAGUGCUCAGAAUGUGGAAAGAGCUUCCGACAGCGGUCCAAUCUUACAGCCCACCAGGUAAUUCACACAGGGGGGAAACCAUAUCGUUGCUUGGAAUGUGGGAGGGGCUUCCGUGUGAGGUCCUCUCUCACAGCACAUCAAGUAAUUCAUACAGGGGAGAAACCAUAUCAGUGCUCAGAAUGUGGGAAGAGCUUUAGCAGUAGCGCAAACUUAUAUCGGCAUCAGAAAAUUCACCGUGGGGAGAAACCACAUCAGUGCUUGGAAUGUGGGAAGGGCUUCUGUGAGAGGUCCACUCUCAAGGCCCAUCAAACAGUUCAUACAGGGGAGAAACCAUAUCAGUGCUUGGAAUGUGGGAAGAGCUUCAGUGUGAAGGCCAAUCUCUCAGCCCAUCAAAGAAUUCAUACUGGAGAUAAACCAUAUCAGUGCUUUGAAUGCGGAAAGAGCUUUAAUACAAGCACAAACCUCCAUAGUCAUCAAAGUAUUCACCGUGGGGAGAAACCAUUUCAAUGCCUAGAGUGUGGAAAGAGCUUUCUGCGGAAGCGCGGUUUCACUUCUCAUCAAACAGUUCAUACAGGGGAGAGACCAUUUCAGUGUUUGGAAUGUGGGAAGAGCUUUAAGACGAACGCAAACCUCCAUAGUCAUCAAAGUCUUCACCGUGGGGAGAAACCAUUUCAGUGCCAAGAGUGUGGAAAGAGCUUUCUGUGGAAGCAGAAUUUCACUUCUCAUCAAAGAAUUCAUACAGGGGAGAAACCAUUUCAGUGUUUGGAAUGUGGAAAGAGUUUCAUUCGGAAGGACAGUCUCUUGACCCAUCAAAGAAUUCAUAAAGGGGGAAAACUAUAGGUUAAGGGUUGUUGUUUUACAUCUUUAUUGGUUUUUCUGUUGAUUUACAACCACCCUUUUCAUACACGUCAACAUUCACUAUAAAUAAUUGAAAUCUCUCAACAUUCUACCAUUGUACAUGUAUGCAUAAACAAAAAUAAAAUAAAUAUGUUACUUAUCUACUGAACGUUGUUACUUUGUUUGCAUUGGACUUCCACAUCUUACUAGGGUCCAUAGAAUUCUUUGUUGUAUGCCUUUCCAGUUGUAUCUAAUCUUCUAUUUACCGUUUCUACUGGUUAUCUUUACAAGAGUCAAUCUAGCCCAGUCAAAAAAUUCAAAUCGCCGCAGUAAUCUUUCAGAUAUUUUUAAAAAUUACUCUAAUUGCUGUUAACUUUUUGGUACUCUUGGUCUCUUAACUGCCCUGUCAGCUUAUCCAUCUCCACAUAUUCCAUCAGUUUCGCUUGCCAGUCCCUCUUCGUUGGUCUUCUUCUUCUUCUUCUUCUUCUUCUUCUUCUUCUUCGGUCUUCUUUCCAGUUUUGUGCUGUCAAUACUCUUGCUGCCGUGAUGGCGUACAUAAAUAACUUCUUCAGCUCUUUGGGGAUCUCAUCCCCAAUGAUUCCUAGAAGGAAAGCUUCUGGCUUUUUUGGAAAUGAUAAUUUAAACAUCUUUUUUUAACUCAUUGUAUGUAUCUCAGAAUUCUCCUAUUUUUUUACAUCACCAUACAUGAUCCAUUGCUCCUACUGCUUCGUUACAUUUCCAACAUAACUACUUCAUAAUGUGAUUAUGGAACAUUCAGAAAGUAUAAAACACCUAAGGUCAAUAGAUUCAUCUACUUAAAAGGCUAAUAUAGAAUUCUUCAUACUAUCAGAAAGACGCUUCCUGAAGAUUAGCUGACAUAUCAGCUUCUGUGAAUUGUGUUAUCAGACAAGCAUUUCCAUCAUUACCCAACAAUUUUUUCACAAACCGCAGGCAGGCUUAAUAAUCCCCCCCCCACCUAUUGUACGUGGUCUUGUUUGUUAAGCAAUGAGUUCAGUCACUUUGUAAGAUAGAAUCUGCAUCUUAUCUGAGACUUUUAUUUGUUUAUUGAAAUAUGAUUGUUGGUAUUCCUGCUUUUCCAAAAGCCUUUCAAAAUUUUGAACAUAUUUGUUUGCCAGAUUUUCAUGUUUUGACAGCAGAUGUCUUUAUAUUGCUCGGGGUUGUCAUGAAGGUGCAGUAUGAAUGUUAGGCCCAAAAGAAAAUGGAGAAUUCGCAAAGCAUGAUAUGCUGGCAAGUGAAGCGAGAAAUUAGUUUGAUCAAAGAGGAAUGUAUGACUGUGGUGUUGUUUACUGAAAGCAAAAAGCCCCAGACAAAAAGAGGGAGGAACUGGCAAUGGGCCACGGACAUGAGAUAAAGGCCUAGGACACACGGUAUGUUCUGAGGUGCAGCUGCAGAGGCAACUUGGUGGUGGUCCAGGAGGAGAGCAGAAGAGAGUGGGGAGAUUCAAUCCUUCUCCAAGCCAGCCCACAGACGGCAAUGGGGGAAGAAGGCUAUAAAAAGGACUCUCUGCAUGUCCUCAGUGUGCCGGGACUAGCGCCACAGCUCGACACCCACAGCUCUUGCGUGAGGCAUGAUCAACCCACGUGAAGGGCCUUGUGAGUAUGGGUGAAUGAACUGUGAGUGUCUGAGCCUCUUGGUACCAAUGUAUUAAAGUAUACCUGACUAUGUGAAAUAAAUGUUGCAUGAAAGGUGUGUAAACCCA